CGAGAAGCGGCCAGACAACACAGAGAAAGCGGCGGGACAUGGCGGCGACGUCUCCACCCCAAAAUGAUCCCGGUCCCGCCACCGUCUCCGCCCCCGGUGACCUGGGAACCCCCUCCAUCCUGGAGCUGGAGACGGCGCUGGAGAGCAGCCGGGCGCCGCUGAACCACGUCGAUGAAGUUUGGCCCAAUCUUUACAUCGGAGACCUGCUGGUCGCUCACGAUCACACAUGUGUUGAACGCGGCGCACAACAAGAGCGGCAGCAAAGGCGACACCAUCUUCUACGGCAGGAGGUUCCGGUACCGAGGCUUCGCGGCGGACGACUGCCCGCAGUUUGACAGCCGCUAUUUCUACCCGGCAGCGGAACACAUCGAGGAGACGCUGCGGGAUCCAGAAGACAGAUUACAUUUGGAGAACCGCCCGGGUUGGGCCGCUUGCUGUGACGAGAUGAUGUCCGGCAGGACCCCAAACCCCUACAGGCCAGUGACUGUGGACCCCGACAAUGAUUACACGACACCUGGAGCCUUCGAACUGGAGCGGCUCUUCUGGAAAGGUUCUGUAAAAUUCUCUCACGUCGACGAAGUCUGGCCUGGCAUUUCCAUCGGAGACGAAGUGAUUGCAUUGGACCGCUAUACAGUUGAAAAGAUGGGUUUUACACAUAUCCUCAAUGCAGCUCAUGGUCGAUGGAAUGUGGGCACUGGGGAAGAAUACUACAAGGACAUGCCUGUUGAUUACUACGGUGUGGAGGCUGCAGACCUGCCAAGUUUUAAUUUGGGCCAAUUCUUCUAUCCUGCUGCUCAGUACAUUGACAGAGCACUGAGCACCCCUGGCUCUAAAGUCUUUGUGCACUGUGCAAGAGGCCGGAGCCGAUCUGCCUCCUUGGUGCUGGCGUACCUGAUGAUCUACAAGAACCUGACGGUGGUGGAUGCAGUUGAAGAAGUACUGAAGCAUCGGUGCAUCUUACCAAACCGUGGCUUCCUACAGCAGCUGAGAGCACUUGAUAUCCAGUUGAUAAUGGAGAGAUGUGUGGCAAAGAAUAACAUCAGCAUAAAUGCAGAGGAGAAAGAAAUCUGUUAGCACUGCUUUCACCAUACAGACAAUAGCAUUCUUUUUAUAUGGAAAAGUACAUUGAGCUGUAAAUAUAUUAUCUGAUAAGUAAGAAAGCUUUAAUAAAUGGAGAAGACCCUGGUAUGACCAAUGGCAUGGGUCUGAGAUGC